GUCGUUCUUCUUCCAUCAUCACAGAAGCUUUUGCAUCAGAUUGAAUUCUGGGCUCGGUACCGUAUACUGGUGCAGUACCUGUAUUCUUUCUUAUCUAUAGAUAUAGCUGUAAAGAAGGGGGUAUACUAAUACUAAUAUAUAUAUCAAUCAUUGCAAUCAUUAGCAUGAGCUCGGGAUCCGACUUUGCCAAGCUGAUUGCCCUUUCUCCCAAAGUCACCGGUAGUAUAUCACUGGUGUGCUCGGCAUUACUGAUCAAUCAUGUCACUCGGACACCUGGACAAAUCCAAAAAGUGAGCAAUCGUAUCCUGUUGGGUGUCGCCAUCAGUGAUGCGCUUUAUACCUUUGUGACUCCCUUCUUAUCCACUUGGAUGGUCCCACCCAAUGUCGUCGAUGCCAAUGGCAAUAUGGUGGAGAUUUAUGGGGCGGCGGGGACGCAGGCUACCUGUACGGCUCAGGGCUUUUUGGAUAAUUUCAGUUCCAAGUCCAGUUGGAUGUACAAUGCAGAAUUGGCUGUGGUCUAUUUGGUAUUGGUCAAAUUCAGACAAGGCGAAGAGUACCUCAAAAACUAUGAGUUAUGUUUGCAUGCCAUCCCCCUUUUCUUGGGCUUAUUUGCGGCCAUAUUACCAUUGCCGUAUCAAGCCUACAAUGCUACGGGGGGAUGGUUAUGUUGGGUCGCUGAGAGUCCCUUGGGAUGUUCCGAACAUCCUACCGUGUCCUGUGAUCGUGGGGCCAAUUGGAGGACCUUACGCUUCUAUACGGGAUAUUUACCCUUGUUCAUCACACAAAUCAUUGUGGCAUUGGCCAUGAUCAUGGUCUAUUGGACCGUCUAUUCCGCGGAACGGGCCGGUGAUAGAUAUUCCGGUGGACGCAAUCGGACACAAUCACGACGGGUGGCAUUGCGCUGUACCCUCUACGUCCUCAGCUUUGAAAUCACAUGGUUCUUUGCCCUAUUCACCGCCGUCAGAGACGAAAUCCUGGCGGGGCGUGACAAGGAAAACGAUUUGGUCGCCGAUCAAGAUCCCUUCUUCUACUUGAAUUUGUUGCUCCUACCCACGUACGGGAUUUGGAGUUCGAUUGCCUACUUUGCACUGCCCUUUUUCAAGAAUCGAGCGGAUCAUAAGCAUGAUUGGUCGUGUUGCCAGACAUUCAUGUAUACCAUCUGGCCACAAGGAAACAAUACUCGACGAAACUGGGAUCGGGGUGUCAGCACCACCAGAUCACCCUGGUCACGGUUGAAAUCCUCUCGGUUCAUAUCCACUCGGCUCAGUACAGCUUUUCGGACACCAACCAUCAUCAACGAAUCACAACAACAGUCACAACAGUCGCAAGCACAAGUGUCCUUCGAUUAUGAUGCAGCGGAGGCUGCUAGAAUGUCAGACGACGACAACACCAAAGGGGAAGAAGCUUUUGGGGGGGAAGAAUAUGAAUAUGAAGAGGAAGGAGACACCAAUUCACGGGAACAAGCUCCAGGGGGCACUGACGAUCACCACGGGAAUACUGCAGAAAUAUUUAGUGACGAGGAAGACCCUGCUGUACUAGUAUUGGUGCAAGCUCAAGAAGGAGCAGGGGUGCUCGAUGAACACGACUUGACACGACGCAAAACAGAAGUUCAAUCCAUCAUUGACGAGGCCAAGACUACCGGUGUCAGACCGUCUCUAACAGUCCUCAGAGAAGCUUUGGCCUUGGGCAUUAUUGAAGUGCCCGACGACACUGGCAAGUCCGAGGCUACAUGAACGGCAACAAAUGAGCUAGAACGGUUUGAGAUGGAUACCGUACAACCGCUUGCCCAAGCAAUGCAUGGAGCUGUUUGUUUGUUGUAAGGUGUAAUUGCAAACGAGUGUUAGUGGAGGUUCCUCCCAUUCACACUGCUUGAGGUUAUUGUAUCUAUAGGGGAACUAAGUAUGCAUAGUACCGGUACUGUCCAAGCUACAUCUUACAACCUACCUAUCUAUAGGAUUUGCCACAAACGAAGC